AUGAACCAUAACUACAAAGGCUUUUUCUCAAUCGUCCUUUUGGCCUGGGUAGAUGCAGACUAUAAGUUUAUGUGGAUAGAUGUUGGUGGUUUGGGAAGCCAGUCCGAUGCUCAGAUCUACAACCAGUUAGAACUGAAAGAAUGUUUGGAAGACGGCUCUAUUGGACUUCCUCCUCCGUCACCCUUGCCAAACGAUGACCAGGAUUUCCCAUACUUUCUGCUAGGAGAUGAUGCAUUUGGCCUUCGCGCAUACCUCAUGAAGCCAUGCUCGGGCCGUACUCUGACAAGAGAGGAACUGAUUGCCAACUACCGGAUUUCCAGAGCAAGACGUGUGGUGGAAAAUGCCUUCGGUAUUUUGGCACAUCGUUGGAGAGUCCUCUUGUCAACGAUGCAACAGAUGCCACUGACUGUACAGGUUAUCAUUGAAUCGUGUGUGUGCCUUCAUAACUUCAUCCGUAUUCGAAACCCGGCUAUUCAGAACAUUCAAUUAGAUAACGAAGAUGGUGCCCACAAUCACGUACCUGGUUUAUGGAGACAAGACGACAACCUACAAGACGUAGAUAUGCCCAAGGAAGGAAACAGAGACACGGUUGCGGCCACGAGACAACGGGACUACUUAAAAUACUAUUUCAAUAGUCCUGUUGGACUUGUGCCAUGGCAUGAUAGAAUGGUUGGUGUUUAG